AUGGCCGCACGAUGUGGCUUUCGUAUAGCGUCUGGACAUUCCAAGCGUUUGGUGGUGAUCUUUUGCGUACUGACCCUACACCUGAUGCUGUUCGGUGUUACGACCGUGGACGGAAAGCGGGCAUUUGCGAUCCGAAUGCGUAGCAAGAGCAACCACAAUACGGGCAGUGCGCUGGGACGAAAUUCGCGCAAGAACUACCACCACAUGCACCAGGAAGGCGUUGGUGGAAUGGUGCGGAAUCCACCGGUACCGGACAUACAACCUCCGAGACCGAUCGGCUGGAGCGUCGAUGGGCAUUCGAACAGUCAUCCGAUUGGGCCACCGCCGGCCUAUCCCGGGUUGGGACACCAUGCCGUGCCCGGUGGUGGAGCUCCACCGGCAUACUCGCAUUCCAAGAUUAAUCCACCGAGCUACGCCGAAGCAGUGGGUCAUCAGCAUUCGUACGCGGCGGCAGCACCACUCGUCGGUCCUCGACACUACGAUUACAAUCACAACAGUGCACUGUACGGCGAUUCGAAUGCGAUCGGUUCCAGCUAUGGAUCUAGCUACGGCUAUCACCACCGCGGGUCCAGCCCGUUCAGCAUGGGCAGCAUUCUGACGGGAGCCGCACUGUGGCACGUUGCGCACGGCAUUGGACAUCAUCAUCACCACCAUCACCACGGUGCUGGUGAGCAUGGAGUGAACUCGGAGGAACAUUUCUACCACCACGCCCACCAUAGCCCGCAUGGCGAAGGUGAGACGAGUACGCUACCACCGGAGGUGGAGAACCCGCACAUCCAGGUGAACGCCAACUUCGACUUCGGACCAUCGCCCAACCCGCAGGAAGCGCAACCCCAGCCAGACAGCACUACGAGUGAACCGAGUGAACAGACGAGCGCUCAAACGUGA